CUCUCCCUGGCAGAGAACUUCCAGCAUCCCUUCCAGGACAGCAGAUGUGCCUGGACUCCUCAGUGUGGAAGGGCUUUGCAGCGUGACUUUGGGAAAGUCUCCUGGUUCCUUGGGGCCUCACACCCUCGCCGUAGACACCUUGGGGUUAACCAGUGGCUGCUCUGAGUGGGAGGCAAGCAGUGCUGCCCUGAGUCUCCUUCCGGAUUGAGAAGCGUCAUGGCCAGCAUCUUGCAGGCCUCCCUGGCUGCUUUCCUCCUGCUGCCUGUGGCCACCACCAUGCACUCUGACUGCAUCUUCAAGAAGGAGCAAGCCAUGUGCCUGGAGAAGAUCCAGAGGGCCAAUGACCUGUUGGGCUUGAACGACUCCUUCUCAGGCUGCCCUGGAAUGUGGGACAACCUCACGUGUUGGAAGCCUGCCCGCGUGGGUGAGAUGGUCCUGGUCAGCUGCCCUGAACUCUUCCGAAUCUUCAACCCAGACCAAGUGUGGGAGCUAGAAACCAUUGAUCGAGAGUUCGAUUUCCCUGACACUAACUCCUUGGAUCUCUCAGACAUGAGGGUGGUGAGCCGGAACUGCACUGAGGACGGGUGGUCAGAGCCGUUCCCUCACUAUGUAGACGCGUGUGGGUUUGAUGAAUACGAUGAAUAUGAGCCUGGGGACCAGGAUUAUUACUACCUGUCAGUCAAGGCUUUGUACACAGUUGGCUAUAGCACAUCCCUUGUCACCCUCACCACUGCCAUGGUCAUCCUGUGUCGUUUCCGGAAGCUACAUUGCACCCGCAAUUUCAUCCACAUGAACCUGUUCGUGUCCUUCAUGCUGAGGGCCAUCUCUGUCUUCAUCAAAGACUGGAUCCUCUACGCGGAGCAGGACAGCAACCACUGCUUUGUCUCCACCGUGGAAUGCAAGGCCAUCAUGGUUUUCUUCCACUACUGUGUCGUGUCGAACUACUUCUGGCUGUUCAUCGAGGGUCUGUACCUCUUCACCCUGCUAGUGGAGACCUUCUUCCCCGAGAGGAGAUACUUCUACUGGUACACCAUUAUAGGCUGGGGGACCCCAACUGUGUGUGUGUCUGUGUGGGCAAUGCUGAGGCUCUACUUUGAUGACACAGGCUGCUGGGAUAUGAAUGACAACACAGCUCUGUGGUGGGUGAUCAAAGGGCCUGUGGUCGGCUCCAUAAUGGUUAACUUCGUGCUCUUCAUUGGCAUCAUUGUCAUCCUUGUGCAGAAACUUCAGUCUCCGGACAUGGGAGGCAAUGAGUCCAGCAUCUACUUAACAAAUUUAAGCCUGGGAGUCCCCAAGAAAGCCCGAGAGGACCCCCUGCCUGUGCCCUCAGACCAGCAUUCACUCCCUUUCCUCAGCUGCGUGCAGAAAUGCUACUGCAAGCCACAGCGGGCUCAGCAGCACUCCUGCAAGAUGUCAGAACUGUCCACCAUAACUCUACGGCUAGCCCGGUCUACUCUGCUGCUCAUCCCGCUAUUUGGAAUCCACUACACGGUAUUCGCCUUCUCCCCGGAGAAUGUCAGCAAGAGGGAGAGACUUGUGUUUGAGCUGGGGCUGGGCUCCUUCCAGGGCUUUGUGGUGGCUGUUCUCUACUGUUUUCUGAAUGGGGAGGUGCAGGCGGAGAUCAAGCGUAAGUGGAGGAGCUGGAAGGUGAACCGCUACUUUGCCGUGGACUUCAAGCACCGACACCCAUCCCUGGCCAGCAGCGGGGUGAACGGGGGCACCCAGCUCUCCAUCCUGAGCAAGAGCAGCUCCCAGAUCCGCAUGUCGGGCCUCCCGGCUGACAACCUGGCCACCUGAGCCCACCCUCCCUUCCUCCUCUCCUCCGUACACAGGCUGGGGCUGCGGGCAGGCGCCAGCCCACGCACAUUGUGCUUCUUUUCUCACUUCGGGCAGGCCCUGGGCUGAAGGCUGGGCUCCCCGAGGUGGGAGAAGGAUGCCGGGCGCAGAUGGGUAUUGGCCCUACCCGUUUGGCACUGGCCCCACCCACCAUGGGCCUCUUGGCCCUGAUCCCAGACAUGUAAAUACUCCACAAAUUUUGAGAAGUUGUCUCAUCCCUACCCCUUUACCCACUGUCCCUGCUCACCUCAAGCAAGUCCCCAGCUUCACCCUACCCUGUUUCCACCAGCCUUAGUGAUCUUCUUGACCCCUGAAUGAGGCCUUGUGGGCUAAGGCUGACGACCUUGCUUUGAGAGGCUUGGGGUGGGGCCUUCCUGACAGCCCCCACAGUGUCUGACUUUCAGUGUGGACUCCUUGAGUCUGCUUGCCACCUGAGGCCCUCCUCAGGCCUGGCCUGGUCCCUGAGGUCUGCCAGAGGCCCAGUGUGGGUGCCCAGAGCUUCCUUCAGUGGAAGCAAGACUUGAGCUGAGACUCCUUCGUACUCCUCACCCAGCAUCUUGGUGUCCAGAUGUCCCGCUCCUGGGUAUCAGGACAGUGGACAGCUCCAGGGCUCUUCCAAUCAGAGACUUCAUUUUGGGUGUGGGGCUGAGGGUCCCGGAAUGUUCUGGUGCUCUUCAUCUGGUGGAAGAAAAAUUACCAAGAUCCAGAAAUGUGGAUGUGAUUGGAAAGGAGAUGGAAAGAGUUUUGGGGCCCAUGGAAGAAGACCUUCACUGGCUCCAUUGUUUCACUCCGGACUCAAGGGGGUGGGGAUUCACCUGGUAGCCUCCCUUCUACCCGUCCCAUCCCCGAGCAUCAGCUGCAGGAGGUGAGAGACACAUGCCUCAGAGAGACUGCUCCCCACCCAUACCUACUACAAGGAGCCCUAUGCCCUCCUCCUUCUCGUUCCUCCUUAAGUCAAAGCCAUGAUUAGGAUGAACCAGCCGCCUUCCUGUGAUGUCACUAAAUCCCAAAGCACCUUACCUCCAUGUGCCCGAGUCCAGGGCAUGAGACUCCCCUUUCCCCCACCCUCAUGGACAAUGAGCCCCAGCCACCAGCUUCUUGGGCUUUGGCUCAGCUACUGAAAUAUCUCUGAGACCUUUGCAAAGACUUCCCUCUGUGUUUUCUUGACAUUGAAUCACCACAGAUGCCAGAGUGUCCUAGGGUGUUGGGAGACGGAACCACACCCACCAGGCCUGUUAGAAGAAGCUGCAGAUGGAAGGCACAGCAGCUCUCCAGCUCCCAUCGUGGUUCUCCAGCCGCAGUUCUUGGCCACAGCCUAAGAAUUCAAAAUGGGGCAGAACCAGGUUGGGGGAUGGUGGAGCAAAAUGCUAGAGUGCCAUGGCCCGUGUGUGGGGCCCACUUCAUUCCAUGUCAACUUUUGGUGUUGUUCUUGUCCAAGUGUGUUUGUGGACUUGCUUCGUGAUCGUAUUCUGGAAUGCUUGGGGAACUUGGGUGGAGAGGGAAUGCUGCUUAGCUUGGUUUUAUAAAGGGGAAGAGGCCUGGGAGGUUUGGGGGGUCUGUUUUUGGAGAGAUCCCCAAGAUGACUGGAGAAGGACUUGGUUGCAUGGUUUAGGGAUGAGCCUUGUGUUGUUGGACAGUGAGGCAUUGUUGACCCCUUGGGUCUUUGGCAAACCCAGAAUCUGCCCCAGUUGGGCUCAUACUGCUGAGACUGUGGACACAGAGCUCCCUGUUUGGGGCCUCGGUUUCUCAUUUGUGAGAUGCAGUGACCUCUAAAAGCUUCUCCAAGCUCUGUACAUCAAUAAUUCUCCAGUUCAAAACUAAGCAGAUAAAAGGGCAUGCGUCAUUGUCAUGUGUGUCACCUAAAAGGUUCUGAAGUGCAUGUAUUUGUACAUAUGUGGAGAGAGGGGAGAAUGUUGUUUAUUUUCCCUUUCUUAGAAAGGAAACACUUGUCUCUUCCAUUGGGACACCACAGUGGAAGCUAGUGGGCUGGAGGGAGGGAUUAUGCCAGGGACAAUUGGACAGGGGCCUUGGGCGUGAUGUGCAGAUCCAGCCGUGUCCCUAGCCCGGGCAGGGUGCCAAGGCUGCUUGGACAGUAGCCACCCCGAGAUCCUAGGAGCAGUCCCCCGAGUGGACCUAAUUUCUUCAUCCCCGUCCCCACCAGCAAAUCUGCUUCACUGUGGAAAAAAGAGACUUUGAUUUUAUAUAUAUGUCAUCACAAAACAGCAAAAACAUAAUCAGCCCUGAUUUCCAUGUGCUGUGCUGCCACCUGAGCCCUGGGUUGCAUCCUUGUAGAGGUUCCAGGUUCCUGUUAGUUUGUUGGUUUGUUUUUCUAUCUGAACGAAUAAUUGCCAGUCUUGUGAACAGAUGUACCCAAUGUAUUUUGAAUGUUCCAGAAGGUUAGGCAGCUGGCCUUGAGCAUCAUAGGCAGUGAGGGGGAUAGCAUAAGGUCUGGAUACAACCUCUCUGAGUCUUUGUUUUCAAAUCUGUAAAAUGGGCAGUAAGACUAGGUGAUUUGUGUGGCCCAUUGCGUCCCUGGAAUUCUAUGUCUACACACCAGCCAUCUACUUACUGGGCAUGGGUCCCAGGCAAAGAUUGUGGUAUCUGCCUGUCUGGGAAAGGAUAAGAAGUGUGGGGCGGGGAGGGGUUUGAGGGCUUUGGGAAUGGUUAGGCUGCAGAGGAGCAGUUAUCCGACUCCAUGACUCUAGAGGAUCAUUACCAGGAAGGGGUUUUUUCAUUGUUUUAUGCAAUCCUAAAGGGCAACAGUCACCUGGAGUGGCUGAGUUUUUCUUGGAACGAAGAGAUUUUUCAACCUCUUUUAUGAAUGUCUCAUCAUGGGACAGGUCCUGUUAGGGGAGAAACUCCAACCCUGGAGGAAAUGGGAUUGCAAGUCAGGGAUGCUGAGGCUGUCAGGGAACCUGUGACAGGACAGAGUGUAUGAUUUGGAGAGUGGAGGGCGGGCAGUUCUGUAGCUUCUUUGUGGUCCCCAGUGCUGGGUGGGGGGGGGGGGGACUGCUUAACCCCCUACUAUACCUAAGGCCAGGCCACAUUGUAUAGCUCGGUGGGUAGUUCUGUGACUCUCCUUGACACAUCCAGUGGUGUGCAGUGAUUCGUUUUCUUACUCUCCUGCCUCCCCCAAACCAGUUUCUUUGGGGAGUAGGGCCAGGGAGCUGGAGCUGGGCCAAGGCUUGGAAUACACACCAUCACCCACCAAGUGUGCUGACUCACCUCCUUCGUUUGACCCUUUCCCUUCCUGGAAGGAAAGCCAGAAGAGGCUUUCUUUGUGAUCCUGUGAGUACCCUCGACCCCCUUGAGGCCACACCAAUGUGAAAGCAGUGAGUGCUUUGUCAUCAUAAAUUCCUGCUUGAACCCAGUGACCAUGGAAGCCUGUCAAAAAAGCUUUGAGCACGGAGCGGAGAACCUGGGCUUCUCCCAACUUUGCGGGGGACCUGCUGUUUGGCCUUGACCCCUUCCCCAUAUAUCUUGAGGAAGACUCACAAAGCACUAGAUCUGGGAAGAAAAACAGAGGUCGACAGGUCAAACCUCCCCAUUGGGCUGCUGAGAACUCACUUACCAGCAGGCUUACUCAGCAUGGUGCCUGUACUGUGCUGGGAUCCAAUGUGCUUUACAAACCUGAAUGAGGCAGUGGGCCCGCCAGCAUGUGCCCAGCCCUGCACGUGAACCAGAAUAAAGCAUCCAUACAGGAAACAGUCUUCUUGCACAAGAAAGGGCCUCUGGCUGCAGAAGUUGUUAGGACUCCAAAUUACAGGAAGAGCCAUGGAGUCAGUGUGGCUUGGGGCGAACUGUGUUCUAGCCUGGGGUUUCCCACCUGCUUCUUGGAGCCUCUGUUUCUUAAUCUGUGAAAUGGGAGAAGAUGAUUUGCAGUCUGCCCCAUAGGCCAGGGAUGAGGUUGAAAUGAGACAUCCUUGUGUGUAAAAGGGCUUUGGAAACUAUAUUAUUGGCUGGUUACUGGGGCAAAGACCUCUGAAAGGGACUCUGUGCUAUUUGUCAACUGCUUUGAGCCAUCCUGGGUUAACCUAUGCUCCAGUUGUAAAACCACCAGCACUGGGAGUGAGGGGGAGGCCAGUGGACUGUGAUGGACAUGGAAUUCCAGAUUUAUGUCUGUCAACUGAUUCACUUUGCUCUUGGGGUUAGGAUGGGGAGGAUUUCAUGUGGGUGGUGAUUUCCAUGUCACCUCCAUGGGAAUCCUUCAAGGAUCUGGGAAAUUCCUCAAGUGGGCUAUGUGCCCCUUUCUGCUUUCCCUAAAUGUGAGGUCCUGGGAUGUGUUCGUGCUUAGUCAUUUGUGUCUUGUCUUAUGUUCGUGUUCUGUGGUUUGCCCUCGUGAGGGCUGAAGUGGGGCAGUCUCCAGCAUCCCAGACGUGGCUUCAGGCUUGCUUGUGGAACCAGGCUCCCCGCUGUGUUUCGUCUCCCACAAUAAAGAUAAACCCCAAAGACCUCACUGCUCCCGCUGCCGCCAUUAAUGCUGUGCUCACAACCUUGUCCGGGAUUUUAAGGAUGUCAACCUGCUGUAGAUGACUCAAUAAAUGUCUUACCAUUUUU